UCCCCCACUAUGGCCCUGGUGCGGGGCGCCGAGCCGGCGGCGGGGCCCUCCCGCUGGCUACCCACGCACGUCCAGGUGACGGUGCUGCGGGCCCGCGGGCUGCGGGGCAAGAGCUCCGGCGCGGGCAGCACCAGCGACGCGUACACGGUGAUCCAGGUGGGCCGCGAGAAGUACAGCACGUCGGUGGUGGAGAAGACGCCGGGAUGUCCCGAGUGGCGCGAGGAGUGCUCCUUCGAGCUGCCACCCGGCGCCCUGGACGGCCUGCUACGGGCGCAGGAGGCCGAUGCGGGCCCGGCGCCCUGGGCCGCGGGCUCAGCCGCCGCCUGCCAGCUGGUGCUCACCACCAUGCACCGUUCGCUCAUCGGCGUCGACAAAUUCCUGGGCCAGGCCACGGUGGCGCUGGAUGAGGUCUUCGGCGCAGGCCGCGCCCAGCACACUCAGUGGUACAAGCUGCGCUCGAAGGCGGGCAAGAAGGAGAAGGAGCGCGGGGAGAUCCAGGUGACCAUCCAGUUCACGCGCAACAACCUCAGCGCCAGCAUGUUCGACCUGUCUGUGAAGGACAAGCCGCGGUCCCCCUUCAGUAAGAUCAAGGACAAGAUGAAGGGCAAGAAGAAGUUUGACCUGGAGUCUGCCUCUGCCAUCCUCCCCAGCAGUGCCCUGGAGGACCCCGAGCUGGGCAGCCUGGGCAAGAUGGGCAAAGCCAAAGGCUUCUUCCUCCGCAACAAGCUGCGGAAGUCCUCACUGACCCAGUCCAACACCUCGCUGGGCUCGGACAGCACUCUGUCCUCGGCCAGCGGCAGCCUGGCCUACCAGGGCCCCGGCGCUGAGCUCCUCACCCGCUCGCCCAGCCGCAGCAGCUGGCUGUCCUCGGAAGGGGGCCGGGACUCUGCACAGUCCCCCAAGUUGCUCAAACACAAACGGACCUACAGUGACGAGGCCAGCCAGAUGCGGGCGGCGCCUCCCCGGGCCCUUCUUGACCUUCAGGGCCACCUCGAUGGGGCCUCGCGCUCCUCUCUGUGUGUCAACGGGAGCCACAUAUACAACGAGGAGCUCUCGGCGCCCCCACGGCACCGCAGUUCCAUCUCGGGCCCGUUUCCACCCUCCAGCUCCCUGCACGCUGGCUCUUCCCGGCCCUCCGAGGAGGGGCCGCGGUCUGCGGACGACUCCUGGGCCCGAGGCGGCCACCGCCCCAGCAGCUCUGAGGCGGCGCCUGGACAGGAGGAGCUGAGCUCACAGGCUAGAGUGUUGGCCGUGGGGUCCUGCCGCUCUGGAGAGGAGGAGGGGGCCCGGCCCUCAGAGGGGAGGCCGGUGCAGGUCGCCACCCCCAUGGUGGCCUCCUCUGAGGCUGCGGUGGAGAAGGAGGGAGCCCGGAAGGAGGAGCGGAAGCCCCGGAUGGGCCUUUUCCACCAUCACCACCAGGGGCUGAGUCGGAGCGAGAUGGGGCGCCGAGGCUCUCUGGGGGAGAAGGGGGGCCCCACUCUGGGAGCCUCCCCCCACCACUCGUCCAGUGGGGAGGAAAAGGCCAAAAGUAGCUGGUUUGGCUUGAGAGAAGCCAAGGAACCAUCCCAGAAACCCAGACAUCCUUCUUUGGUCGCUUCAGGCACUUCUUGGACAUCAUCGACCCUCGCACGCUCUUUGUCACUGAGGCGUCUCAGAGAGGCUGUGCAACUGCUGGAAGACUAUAAGCGUGGGACCCUGCACCCGGGGGUCACCAAUGAGCAGCUCUGGAGCGCACAGAAAAUCAAGCAGGCUAUUCUACACCCGGACACCAAUGAGAAGAUCUUCAUGCCUUUUAGAAUGUCAGGUUACAUUCCUUUUGGGACGCCAAUUGUUGUUGGCCUUCUCUUGCCCAAUCAGACAUUGGCGUCGACUGUCUUCUGGCAGUGGCUGAACCAGAGCCACAACGCCUGUGUCAACUAUGCAAACCGAAACGCUACCAAGCCUUCACCUGCAUCCAAGUUCAUCCAGGGCUACCUGGGAGCCGUCAUCAGUGCUGUCUCCAUUGCUGUGGGCCUUAAUGUCCUGGUUCAGAAAGCCAACAAGUUCACCCCGGCCACCCGCCUUCUCGUCCAGAGAUUUGUGCCAUUCCCUGCUGUAGCCAGCGCCAAUAUCUGCAACGUGGUUCUGAUGCGGUAUGGGGAGCUGGAGGAGGGAAUUGACGUCUUGGAUGGUGACGGCAACCUCGUGGGCUCCUCCAAGAUCGCCGCCAGACAUGCCCUGCUGGAGACAGCGCUGACACGAGUGGUCCUCCCCAUGCCCAUCCUGGUGCUCCCCCCGAUCGUCAUGUCCAUGCUGGAGAAGACAGCUCUCCUGCAGGCGCGUCCCCGGCUGCUCCUCCCUGUGCAAAGCCUUGUGUGCCUGGCAGCCUUCGGUCUGGCCCUGCCGCUGGCCAUCAGCCUCUUCCCUCAGAUGUCAGAGAUCGAAACAAGCCAAUUAGAGCCUGAGAUAGCCCGGGCCACGAGCGGCCGGACAGUGGUGUACAACAAGGGACUGUGAGCAGCGGCCGGCCGGCCUGGGGACAGAGCGCUGUCCAGGCCCGGAGUUGGGGGCAAGGAAGGAGUCCUGUGGGCUGCACCUGCAGGGAGAGACACGCUGACCCCCACCCCCAGUCCCAGGCCACCUGGGGGAGCACUCCCCCCACAGUGCUAGGGAGACUAAUCUAUUCACGAAUUAACAUAAGGGAGAAGAAUUCUGACACAUU